AUGCUGAUGCCCUGGCCGCUCCGCCACCUGCUCCUGGCUGGGACCUGCCUCUGUGUCUGUGGAGCCCCCGCUUAUCUCUCCGACCACAAUCAGACGCUGGAGCGCCUGGCAGUAACCCCUGGGUCAAAGCACACCGUAGAUACAGGGUCCACACCCUCUGAGAGAGAAGGCGUUAGACUGCGUGGAGGUGCGGGAGGAGGGACUGGCCUACAUGGAGGACCCGAGGGGACGGAUCCAGUGACGCAGACAGCAAAUGGGGACAGCGGUGGAGGAAGAUUUGGACCAGGCAAUGCUGGCGGAAAGGCAUGGCGCCAAAGGAGUGAAGCAAAGAAAACCGAGAGCGUGUCUGCGAUGGGAGAUCUGGAUAGAAAAAAUGAGGAAACGCCUGUCGAUGGCGAGCCUUUGAGUCCUACAGGCGGUGGAAGGCAGAUAGUGUUAGCCUCCACCACAAUGAUGCCACACCUGGACUCAUCACACAGCCAAAAGAGUAAAGACGGCGGAGCAGACGGGACUAUCCAGGACGAAGACCCAGAAACAAGCUUUCCACCUUCCACUGAGCCUCGGUACCCUUACACCUCCCUCUGGACCCAGACACUGCCCUCCCACACAUCCAUCCCCCCCUUGAUGGUGGUCACCUCUCGGACAUCGGCACCUUUGACAAUUUGGGGCCAUGACGGAGCCAAGAUAUCUGCCCUCCCAGAUCCUAUUCUACCUGAGAUUGGACCAAACCUGAUGCCCAGAGAGGAUGCCCUGGAAAGUCUGUGGACUGAGGCAGCAAGACAAGCUGAAGACACCGCAGUCCCCCCGUCGCUGGACCAAGCCACGGAGGCAACAAUGUCAUCCGAGGCUCUUCCCCUCAUCUUCGAGCCUUUUGAGGAUGCCACGGCCGAGAGCGGUGCAGCAGCAGCAGCUGCGGGCACCCGGGUGCCGGCCAGCGGCCAGCCCGCAGCUGCUGCGCUGACCGGAGGGCCGUCAGAAGUGGAUCUGGACCAGCUGGUCACAGUGGAGACUGACAGUAAUGGUCCCUCACGCAACCCACCCGUCAUCCUGCCUGACUGGACUUCACCUUGGCAGACGUCCGGUGCCGAGCUCCUGGAACCAAUCACUGCAGCGGGUCCGUCUGUUUCACAGCGGCUGCUGGACACUCAGCCAAAGGAUCGUCCAGAGAAAGGUGACAGCGGGGAUCUGGUAGUAUAUGCCUGGAGGACGCCAAGCUUUGUAGAAAACAUUCCCUCGACUGGCCCCUCUCUCUCAUCCCUCCAGCAUGCUAUGACUGCAGUAACCAUGGCAACCCAUCAGUUCCCGCAUAAAUCCAGAGUGGGCUUGGAGGAAAUGGAGUCUGAGGAGGAACCGGAUGAGGAUGAUGAGAACUCUGAGGAAUCACUGGAAGAAGAAAGCGAAGAAAAUCUAACAGAAAAGCCUGCGAGAUGCUCAACCCAGCCAUCGUACAGUUUGAUCCCUCCACCUCCUGUCUGGGUUCAACGCAACCAGGGCCUGAGUACGAGCACAGAACAACAGCCCCUGAACGCAGCAUUGUUGUCCUUCUGUUGCUUUAAGUUGUGCUUACUUCUGGGUCUCCCCUCUGGACAGGCCGGUUAUGUGUCUGGCAUGUUGGCUCCUGUGGGAAUCGGCAUCACAGGGGCCCUGCUGAUUGUCGGCGCCCUCUACAGUAUUCGGAUGAUUCAUCGCAAAAGGAGGAACAGCUUCAAACAUCAGAGGAGGAAGCAACCCCGUGAACCCAGCACCAGCCUUCAGGACCAAGCAAUGCUGCUGGCUGACAGCUCUGAGGAUGAAUUCUGA